CACUACUACAGUAGAUUGGUACAGUGAUGUACUGAAACAUAUAUUUACUUACAGUAUACUGUGGUACAGUAUAUAGUAUGUCAUACAGUAAUUGCUGUCAAUAUUUAUAUACUGUAAUAUAAUGUCAAAAAAGGUAAUUACCUGUUCGCUUCUCUAAAUCUUCGGAUUAUGGUGGACACAGUGAAUCUACUGAUGUUUGGUUGUACCCUUUGUCCAGCCUCCCUCAUGCUCACACCAUGGACAAGAACAUGGUCAGAAGAACUGAGCAUUUGGUUCCGACAAUAGGGAUUAGUGUUUUAGCAAUUGAGAAAAACUGUAAUGUAACUUCAAUGUUAGACUUCCACUACAAAAAAGUAAAUUGGAUUUUUUAAAUAUGGAGCAACUACAGGAAGUGUUUACAUUUGAUUUAUUGUGUUUGAAGCACCUCUAAGAGAGACAAUGUCUGGGACAAGUGUGCAAAGUGAAAGCAAACUUGACGAGUACAAGAUGAACCAGAAGAGGCGUGGCUUGGCACUAAUCUUCAACCAAAAAACUUUUGAAAAAUCUGAACGUUUAUCAGAGCGCAGAGGUACCGAUAUAGACAGAGACAACCUCACACAAAGAUUUCCAGAAUUAGGGUUUGAAGUACAAUCUUACAAUGACAAAAAAGUGGCAGUGGUGCAAGAGAAACUACGUGAAGCUGCUGCAGCCAACCACAAAAAUGCGGAUUGCUUUGUCUGCAUAUUCCUAUCUCAUGGGAAAGAAGGGAAAAUUGAAGCAUUUGAUAAUCAGAUUGAAAUUAAGGAAAUAACAGAUUUAUUCAGAGGGGAUGAGUGUAAGAGCCUUGUUGGGACGUCCAAGAUCUUCAUCUUUCAGAAUGUAGCUGAAAAUAUGAAAGACGUGACAGCAGUGCAGGGGAAUGCAUUAGAUGAGUUGGACGCUGCUGAUCCAAGAGAAGAGUCAGAAAAGGUAAUUUAUAAAAAUCAUAUUCUGAUUAAUUAUUCCCAAAAUGUUGCAGGUACUUGGCAUUGUUUCAGUAAGUUUUUAUCAGAAGGUAUUGUCUCUUUAGUCACUGGGAGGGAUUCACUGCAAGGGUGAACACUGUGAACUGCUCCUUGCACUGAAACCAUGUCUUGAGAUCAAAAUGACUGAGAUUUUAUGUGCAGUUUAGGUGCUGUGAUUAGGAUUGAGUAAGUCUGCGUGUAUGACUGAGAACUGUUUUAUGAGAACACUGUGUCUAAUAAGGACAUUCAUGGACUAUCAU